CUGCAAGAGGUAGGUUAUGCACCGGAAGCACCUCUACCGCUAUUGCGGCGGGUAACGAGCAAAGAUGUGCUGGUCUUGAAAGCGAAGAUGCAUCGUCGUUUCCAUAUGCUCAUGGUCCGUUGUGUUUCCAGCGUCAACCUCACAACUACAUGCAUUUACACACCAAGUGCUCAACACGGCUAUUCACAUAAUUUCUAAUAUCCAGCUAAAAGAAGAGAAACCACGGACUCAAGAUGACAGGAGCUGGGUUCCAGUUGUUUCCUCCACCCCCUCGGGCAAGGCAAACCAGCCCAGCUCGACGACCAUCACCAGCUGCGAAGCCUUCUGUUCCAGCACCAGCUGUGGAGAGGAAAGACAGUGCGAACCAUAUGGAACAACCAAUCGACUUUCACGAGCUGGUCAUACAGGUCAAUUCGGUCCCUGUGUCGCCGUCGAAUACCAACAAUGCUGCUCCAGCAAUCACCGCACCGCCUCGAGCGCACGUUGCGCCAGCAAGUGGUUUCACAUCAGGCCCUACAACAGCAUCGCCAGUCGUGGCACAGGAAGACUCUUAUCGAGGCCCUUCACCAUCGUUCUCGACACCCAGUGCCUAUAACCCUGAGCCCAAUCGAGCAGUCUCUCCUGCAUUCUCAAUAUGCGACACACUGGUCCGCAGCAACACAACUGCAACACGACCGCCCAGGUCACCGCAAGAAGAAAUUCAAAUGCGGUCUAUGUUCCCAACAUACAAUCCCAACCUUGCUCUCUCGCAACAAGUGUACAUGCCUACGCAAGCAUCACCAACCCACCUACAGACAAGCAGGUCACCAUACUCUUCAGAGCCAUACAUACCCCAUGGCAACACCUCAUCGAGAAGUACCCUGACUGUUAAACCGCCGCUGAAAACGUUCUUCACCCCUUCGCAUUUACUUGACAAUCUCUGGUUGGCUACCAACGGGCAAGAAGAGCCAGCGAUCCAGAUUUACACCCUCAAGAUGCAUCGAGCAACAAUGGCGAAUCCUACCAUCACGUUUGGCACGACACCUUCUCUUCCGUUCUAUAGUUUGGCAACGACGAACCUUGCUGGCGAAGACGCUCCUGUACAGAGUAUCAUCAACGAGCUCCUGAUCCAACGACAUCACCCUACCCAACCACGAGUGCUCCCGAUUGCACAACUCGACUUGAUCUCACCCCCUUCUAUGGACACAAUGACAUUCGAUUCCCGGCAACAAGAGUCUACCACACUCCUGACAAGCAUCUACCCAAAGCUGGCCGCUCUGCAGGCUCUAGACGCCGCCGCAACCUCGCCAGCCGCGUCACGCAUCGCUCUCGUCGACCCCGGCGCACAAUCACCCGCAGCCCAGCGCCUCGCAGAAGACGUCCUUGCCGGCGCCGCUCAGCGAGAAUGCUGCACGCUCCUCUGGACGCGCGACGACCCUAACCAAGCCGCCAACCCCUGGGCCCAGCACAUCCCCUCCGAGGGCGCAUAUCAACUGCACCACCCCACGCUGGGCAUCUUUCCCAUCCAAAUCGAUGGAGAUUGUAGUCUGAUCAACAAGCCGUCCACGCGCCCCGUAACCGCCAUAUACGGCCACAACAUGCCCUCGACUCCCGCUCUGGGCAUGGCGAAACCAGCAUCCAUCACCCUCCUCAACCCUUACAUCUUGUCUACAAGCACGCCUCGCACCAACGCCUUCUCCCCGCUCCCCACCCCGCCCCGUUUUGACGGCCAAAUGCGUCCCAUCAGCGCCACCCCGAGCACCAUGAGCGUCACGCAGCUGCCGACGAGCACGGACGCCACGCCCGACGAGCACAUGCUCGCGCGCCUCGACUUCGCCAACGACGCGCUGGUGCUGAACCUCGGCGCGCUGACGCGCUUCGGGAAUCCAUUCCUCGUCGACGUCGCGGCUUCCACGCUGUGCGCUGUCGCCAUCGCGGAGGCUACGCGGGGCAGGAGUAGUAGGCAGGCGAGUCUGGCGAACUUUGACGCGCCGCCCGCGAACGACUACGAGGAUGUGAGUCCCGAAGCCAAGGCUCGCAGCUUGAAGGACAGUUUUAGACAGGAUUGGGAGGGCGUGGAUGUGCGGGGCAAGCAGGGGCGGGACAAAGCCGGAGUCGCAGUGACGAGCUCGCUGCGGAAACUGAUGCUGAGCUUGAAGAGCACGAGCGUGGAUGAGACGACGGCGGGUCGGACCCGCGACCGCAACGCGCAGUUCGACAAAGAUAUCGAACUGGGCGAGUGGUACGGACAGACCGCCCCCCCUUCUACCAAGGAAACGCGGGCGGCGAAGAAGGCGCGCAAAGCAGCUGAAAAGGAAGACCGGCUGCCGUUCGUUGCGAGAGCGAUCAUCGGCGUGCUGACUUUUUCGUUCAAGGCCGUGGUCUGGGUGUUGAUGGUUGUGUUCAAGAUCAUCGCCGGGAUGUUCAAGAUGGUGGUUCGCACGGUCAGCAAACACUGAUGACGUGGUGUGUUUGCAUAGCUAUAUAGUUUGAAGUGGGCUUCGAUACAGACUUGCGGUUCUAUAUAGACGGAUGGUUUUGCAAUGUACCAAUUUUCAUCUCGCGCUUCAGAUCCCCACCAACUGUCCCAACUCCUCACACGCGAUAUUUCGAGCCCACAGCUCGAUAAUCGAGAGACUCCAAGGUGUCGUGAUCAGCUGGAUUUGCACCU